AUGGAAAAGAAAAAUUCGGAAAAAGAAUCUUUACAAAAUUCUGAUGAAUCAUCAUCAAUUUUUGGAAAAUUUUGGUCAAUUAUUCGUUCCAAUUGGCUUUCAAUAACAUGUGCAUUGAUCAUUUGUGUCAUUACAAUUGUUGUCGUUCCAAUUAUUUAUUCGAUCGAAAAAAGUGUUCAAAAAAAUAAUGAAACAGUUUUAUUAUGGAAUACAAAAGGAAUUACAAUUAUUAAUCAAAUGACACUUUUAAUGAAUACAAAUAAUUCAAUUGGAUUAAUUUCUGCAUUAGAAUUUGGUCCUGAUGGAAAUCUUUAUCUUGUUGAUUCAAUGUUUCAUCGAAUUAUUAAUUAUGAUUUUAAAUUAAAUAGUUUAAAUUUAAUUUUUGGAUAUUUUAAUGGAACAAGUGGAAAUGAUUCAUCUUCAUUAAAUUCUCCUCAUGAUAUUCAAUUUAAUUCGAAUCAAAUGUAUAUUGUUGAUUCAUUAAAUCAUCGAAUUUUAGUUACAACAAUUUCUUCGAAACAAGCUUCAAAUCUUUUUGGAACAGGUCAAUCUGGUUCAUCAAAUACUCAAUUGAAUAAUCCAAUGUCAAUUACAAUGGACACAAAUUCCAAUAUUUAUAUUGCUGAUUAUGGAAAUAAUCGAAUUGUUCAAUUUAAUUUAAUAAAUAAUCAAACAAAUAUUUAUUUAUCAUUUAAUACAAAUCAAUUAAGAAAUACUUAUGUUGUAACUCCAAUUUCUUUAAAAUAUCAUUCAUUAACAAAUAGUCUUGUGAUUGGACAACAGAUGGGUUAUAAUGUUAUUCGAUGGACAUUGAAUUCAACUCAAUGGACAUUAAUUGCUGGAAGUGUUAGUAGUGAAUUAAAUGGAACAUCACGAACUUUAUUUAAUCAAAUUUGUGCAAUUGAUAUUGAUGAUCAAAUGAAUACUUUUAUUGCUGAUUGUCAAAAUCAACGAAUUCAAUAUUUUCAAGGUGAUGGAACAAAAGGAAGAACAAUCGCUGGAGUUAUUCAAGCAGCAGGAACAAAUCCUUAUUUAUUUAAUUAUCCAAAUGCGAUUACUUUUGAUCAAAAUAGAAGUUUAUAUAUUUCCGAUUCACAAAAUCAACGAAUUCAAUUAUUUCAACGAAUUUAA